AUGACAUUUAAACAGAGUAGUUCAACUACUACUACAACUACUAUCACUGAAGAUAAUAGUAAAUUUGCGUUUUUACGUUUAGAAGAUGUUAUAGAUGAAAUUUAUACAUUAUCUAAAGAUCAAUAUGGAUGUCGAUUCUUUCAAAAGAAAUUAGAAGAACAAAAGCCAGAACAAAGAGAUAUUAUAUUUAAUCAAAUCUUUCCUCAUUUUGUUGAACUUAUGAUAGAUCCUUUUGGUAAUUACUUGUGUCAAAAAAUGAUGGAGUAUUGCACAGAUCAUCAAAGAACAAUGCUUGUAGAACAAGUAUCAAAUUCCAUUAUGACUAUUUCAUUAAAUAUGCAUGGUACAAGAGCUGUUCAAAGAAUGAUUGAAUUUUUAAUUCUUCCUGAACAAAUUCAUAAAACAAGAGAGGCUUUAUCUUCUAAUGUGGUUACUCUUAUCAAAGAUAUUAAUGGCAAUCAUGUUAUUCAAAAGUGUUUACAUCGUUUAACCUUUAAAGAUAAACAGUUUAUUUAUGAUGCGGUUAGUAAGAAUUGUAUUGAAGUAGCUACUCAUCGGCAUGGUUGUUGUGUAUUACAACGUUGUAUUGAUUAUUCUAAUGAAAACCAAAAGAAACAAUUAGUGGAGGAGAUUAUUCGUAAUGCCUUGGUAUUAGUUCAAGACCCUUACGGUAAUUAUGUUGUUCAGUAUGUACUUGAAUUAGGUGAUGCAGAGUUCUCUGAUAACUUGAUUCGUCAAUUUAUUGGUCAUAUCAGUAGUCUUUCUGUUCAAAAAUACAGUUCAAAUGUAAUGGAAAAGUGUAUUCGUGUAGCAGAAGAAGAUACUCGUCGUGAUUUAAUUGAGGAAAUGGUGAAUAAAGCUCCAUUAGAGAAGCUUUUAAAAGAUUCUUAUGCGAAUUAUGUCGUGCAAACUGCUUUAGAUUUUGCCGAAGAAGUUCAAUUUCAAAAGUUGGCAGAAUGUAUUCGACCUUUAUUAUUUGCUAUUCGAAAUACGACUUAUUGUAAACGUAUACAGGGGAAAAUAAAUAGAGAUCAAAGGCAAGACUAUUAUUUUCAACAAUCGAAUUCAGCUCUUCAUCCGUUAAUGGCUCAUCAUCAUGAUAAUAUCAAUUUUGCUUCUUCUUCUUCUCCUUCUUCUUCAUUCUCUACUACAACUACUACUACUACCACGUUUCCUUACCUUUGA